UGUUCUAUUUUUAGGUUGACAGACCUGAUUUGGAAGACACGUUGAAGGCCGACGCGACAUUAAAACACAAGAGCGAACAGUUACACAUGCGGUAUAUUGUUGUUAAAGGCAUUCUUGAGAGUGAAAAGUCCUACCUACAUGUCAUUGAACAACUUGUUAAGGCUAAGCAUUAUCUACAAAGUUCUUGCAUGAGUCAUGGUACUCAGGCGUCGACUUUAAUGCCCCUGGAGGACAUAACCACCAUAUUUUACAAGAUGGACGACUUCUUUCAAAUACAUAAGGAGUUUGUUGAGGAGCUUGGGAAGAAAGUGAUGAAUUGGUCAGAUGAACAAAGAAUAGCUGAAGCUGUCAAAAAACUGGUUGGUUUUUCUCUCAGUAUAUUUUAUUCAUGUGUCAUGUUUUAUAAGACAGCUGGUUUUAAGUCACGUAUACGCUUGGGUAGUGUGACGAGCGUAACUUCUAAUGAGCACUUGGAAUCCUACAAAGAAGAAGCUUUGAAACUGGAAGAUGUGCUCUUGAAACCAGUUCAAAGAAUACAAACAAAUCACCUUGUCUUACAUGAUUUGAUAAAACACACACCAGAGAACCAUCCAGAUUAUCGGGAUCUUCAAAAGGCAUUGAAACUGAGCGAGGAGAAUUUACGCAUGUACAACACACAUGCUAGCAAUCUCAGCUGUAAUAAGAACCAGGAGACCCGGCAUUUGGUGAAGAGUGGAUUUUUGGUUGAGGUGUCACGUGAUAAGAAGGCGACACGGCAGUUGAGAUAUGUGUUCCUAUUCAGUGAUGCUAUCAUUUGUACCAAACAUAAAGGCAGCUCAAAAUACAAAGAUGUGUCCUUCAAAUAUGUCUGGUACCUACCCAUUCCUUCAUUAAUCAUGCAUAUGAAAGGGGAUCAGAAGUACCAGCCAAAGGAAACUCUGGAAGAUCUCAAGUGUAAGAUUGGAAAUCUGAAGGUGGAGUUGAGGGAUGAGAUGCUUCGUGCAGACAACACUAAAGAUAAAGCCUUUUCAAUAACCCAAAAGAGAGCUGUUCGCAACAUUGAAAAAUUAAAGAAGAAAAUACAGGAGCAGGAGGCUACAUUGGUUGAAGCGUUGCCACGGUUACCGUUACAUCUUGAGGUGGAGGGGUUCAGACCCCAUACAUUCCUGUUCUCAACAGAUUAUGAGAGAGAAGAAUGGCGUGAAGCAUUAGAAUCUCAGCACAUCAAAUGUGAAGGAAUGGUACCAGCCCAGUUAAGUAAUCAUGAUAUAGAUGCAAUGAUAAGUACAACAAAACUUCACACGCAAGUUAAUGGUAUAGGUACAGCUCUUCUUAAAAAAGAUGAAGAAAUGUUAAAUGGAAGUUUGAAUGUUACUAUUCACAAAAUGCAGGGCCUGGACAAUCACUGUGCAGAAGUUUAUUGUUGCAUGGAAAUGGACUCGUACGGUCACUUCUACAAGAAAGCUCAGACACGUGUCAGCCAAUUCACUACUGAUGCAUCAUGGAACCAGGACUUUGAACUUGACCUGGAUGGUUCCCAAACUUUGAGGAUAUUGUGUUACAAGAAAACGCCGGGUACCGAGGCUGAUGUCAUUAUUGGAAAAUGUGCUCUUGAGUUAAGUCUGUCAUGGCUGAAUUCAAAGUUCAAUGAGAAGACAAUAUCUAUGAAUGAGAUUUCUAUUACUAUAUCUAUACGUCACACGCCAGCGUCUAAAACUCUGAAGAGAACACAGUCUAAGUUAAGAACAGGGAUAUUUGGUGUGAGAAUUGAAAAUGCUCUAAGACGAGAAAACAAGACAGUACCUUCCAUAGUGACAACAUGUGUACAACAGGUAGAAGCCAGAGGAAUGGAUGAAGUAGGUAUAUACAGAGUGUCUGGAGUAACGUCAGAAGUACAACACUUCAAGAAACUUUUUGAUAAAAAUAAUGUAGCAGCUAAUGUUCAAGCAGAAGAAGCAGACAUCCAUGCAAUAACUGGGGUUCUCAAGCUGUAUUUCAGGGAGCUACCAGAACCGUUAUUUACCGAUGACCAUUACCAGUCUUUUAUCCAAACAAUUCAAUUACAAAAUGAGGAAGCAAAGGAAAAGUGUAUGUUAGAACUAUUACAUAGUCUACCUGAGGCAAAUUACUACACCAUUGUCUUCAUGAUAGAGCAUCUUGUCCGCAUCGCAAAAAAGAGUCCGGUCAACAAAAUGUCUCAGAGCAAUUUAGCAACAAUAUUCGGGCCAACGUUAAUGCAUCCGGCCAUGAAGGACACACAUACGGACCCUAUGGUACAGAUGGCGCAAGCAGCCAAAGACGCUAGUGUUCAAAGUGAAGUGGUGUAUUUCUUUAUAAAGUUGGCCGCAAGUGGGAAAAACAUUAGAAAGUCUGCUACGAUUGAAAAAACAGCUUUGUAGCAGAUAAAAAGUAGUUCUGUGAAAUAUUUUUUGAAAGAUUCAGAAUUUGCAUCCACUUGAAAAAAAUUGUAUUUGUGUUACAUUUUGAAAACUAGAGUGAAUUGUAUAUGUACAUGUAUUUACUAAGCUGCCCUGGUGGAAAUUUAAAAA